AUGUCAAUUAUCGUCCGCUCCUUCUGCCCUAGCUCCCAAACAGGCUGGUGGGCUAUCAUGGGCGCCAAAGCCAACCACACAUACGCCAUGGCACAGCUGCUGCGAACACCAUCGCCAGUAGAAGACGAUUCUGAGCGAACUACAGAUUCUGAGCAUCGUCGAAAGAGAGAUAAGCUAAAGGCAAUCUUUAUGUGGAGAAGGCUGGCAGUCCUGACCGAAGGAUCCAUGUCUGGUGAGCCAGAACAGGCUUCUGGGCCUCAGGAGACAUACGGCUCUGAAGGGGAUGCCACUGUCAUAAGAACACCAUUAAGCAAUGACAAAGCUGCAAUUGAAGACAAAGAUGCUUGUUAUAAGGUGCCCUUUAAUUAUGGGCCUGGGUUGAGUACUACUGAGGUCCAUACAUUAACUGCUCAGCGUGUAUGA